AGAAGUAAAGUGAAACGUCUGCAUGCAUUUUACGACAUUUCGCCGUGCAUGUGAUUUGCAUAUCGGAUCAUGUAAAAUGCCAACUCUCAAGUGCCAAUGAUUGCAGAAAAUAGUUAGCUAGAUUAGUUAUCAAUCGGUAGUUUAGGUUGCUGUGUUUGUCUAGUUCUUUCUAAACCUGACCACACUGCGUCUGGUGUGGAGAGAGGAAUAGCAUACCGUAGACAGUAGGAUAGAUAUGCAGUAGCAACAACAAGCCUUGGAUCGUGUGAGAUGAUGAUAGGAUUUUUAUUUUCUUUGAAUCAAAUCUAACCAAAGCUUCAAUUGCUACCUGCAGAAGCAGACAAAAAUGUUGUUUAUAGAAUAGCACACCAGACUUCGUUGGUUUGCAGCCUCUGGUUUUAUUCGCACUCUUUCUGUUCGGAUAUAUAACACAUCAGAGAAAAUGGCGGAACUUGAGAAGGAAGGACUGAACCAAACAAUGCAUGAGUACCAAGAUGAAGAUGAGCCCCAUUAUACUGAUGACACUAAGACAAGCAAGAUGCAAGACGACGCAAGUUUCGAGGAAAAGCUAAUUGAAGAGGUCAGAAGGUACAACAAUUUGUACAACACCUCAUUGAAAGACUAUAAAGACUUCACAAUAACCAGUAACAGCUGGAAGGAGAUAGCCCAAACUCUCAGAGUAGAAGAACAGAUUUGCAGGACGAAAUGGAAGAAAUUGAGAGACAGAUAUGUCAGACUGAGGAGGAAAAUUAAGGGGAAGAGUGGGGAUGCAGCAUCAGGAAUACAAACACAAAUACUCACCACACUGUCCUGGCUGUCUGGCUAUAUAAAACACAAGGAGACAAAGUCAGACUAUCCACAGGCAGAGGAGAUGGACACCCCAGAAGACCUGCAAGAUGACAACCUGAGCGAGCAGGAACACUUCCACAGUUCUAAUAAUGAACAACAAGAUGGGCAUUUGGCAGUUAGGAGGAAUGUAAUAUUAGAACGAACUAAAUUCAACCAAAGACAACAAGAAGCAGGAGAGACAGCUGAUGAUUUUAUCUCUGCACUUCAUUGUUUGUCAGAACAUUGUGGUUAUGGAGCUCUCCUCGGUGAGAUGAUAAGAGACCGACUAGUCGCAGGCUUACUUGACAGAAGACUGUCCAAGCAAUUACAAAUGGACCCAGAACUAACACUGGAUAAAGCUGUCGCACGCAUUCGUCAAACUGAACUUGUGGAAAAGCAACAGGACCUGCCAGAGUAUACCUUCAAAGCUGCCAGCAGCAGAGAAAAUGAAAGCCGUGUGCUUUCAUAUAGAAAGCAUCAAUGCCCAGCCAAUGUCCAGUGCCAAUCAGAGAAGAAGAAUCAAAACUCAGAAAGACCACAACAACCCCAAACAACACAGGAGAAUGCAGAAGAUCCCCUAGAUACUGAUGACACUGAUGGCUUCAGUCCUGGAGGAGAGAAGCCUCACUACUGCGCCUACUGCGGUAGGAGCUUUCAAAAAGUGAGGGAUCUUAUAAGACACCAGCGAACACAUACUGGAGAGAAGCCUCACCACUGCCCUGAUUGCGACAGAAGUUUUGCUCGAUUAGAUAAGCUUAAAUUACACCAGCGAACACAUACUGGAGAGAAGCCUCACCACUGCCCUGAUUGCGACAGAAGUUUUGCUCGUUUAGAUAAGCUAAAGAUCCACCAAGAAAUGCAUAUAGGAGUGAAGUCUCACCACUGCCCUGAUUGCAACAGAGGUUUUGCUCGUUUAGAUAAGCUUAAGUCACACCAAAAAAUACAUGCAAAAGACAAACAUAUUUUUCACUCCUCUGACUGUGUGAAAAGCUUUGUCCUAUUGGAGAAGCUUGAAAAACACCAGCUGGAGAAUACCUUCAAAGCUACCAGCAGUGCAUCCAAUGUAGAUCGUGUGCUCACACAGCAGAGAACAUUCAGCAAAGUCAGAGAGAGUAAAAGGCAGCAGAGUAAAAUACGAGCUAGAGCUCCCGGAAAGAGAACACCAUCACAUAGCAAAACAAUGCAUGAGAAGGAAGAGGAGCCCCUAGAUACUGAUGACUCUGAUGAUUGGAUUGAGGGUUUCGGUCCUGGAGGAGAGAAGCCUCACUACUGCUUUGACUGUGGUAAGAGCUUUAGAAAAGUGAGGGAUCUUAUAAGACACCAGCAAACACAUACAGGAGAGAAGCCUCACCACUGCCCUGUUUGUGACAGAACUUUCGCUAGAUUAGAUAAACUUAAAUUACACCAAGAAAUACAUACAGGAGUGAAGCCUCACCACUGCCCUGAUUGUGAGAGAAGUUUUGCUCGAUUAGAUAAUCUUAAAUUACACCAAAAAAUACAUAUUAAAGAGGAACAUGUCACACUGAACCAUCAAACUAAAAUGAAUGUUGACUGUUUGCACACACAGCAGAGAACAGCCAGCAGAGGCAGGCAGAAGAGUAAAAUGCAAGCUAGUGCACCAGGGGGGAAAAUGGUCCAGUCACAGCCAGGCAAAGACUCCACUUACAGAAGUUCAGUUCAAAAGAAUCAACACUCAGAAAAACUGCAACAACCCCAAACAACGCAGGAGAAUGAAGAGGAUCCUGAAGGUACUUCUGAUAACUGGACCAAGAGUUUCAGAACUGUAGAGAAGCCAUACAUCUGCUCCGACUGUGGUAAGAGCUUCAGACUAGAGAAUCGUCUUUUAAGACAUCAGCGAACACAUACAGGAGAGAAGCCUUACGACUGCCCUGACUGUGACAAAAGUUUUGCGCGAUUAGAUCAUGUUAAGUCACACCAAAAAACACACAUGAAGGAGGAACGUAAUUUCCACUGCUCUGACUGUGUGAAAAGCUUUGUCCGAUUGGAACAGCUUGAAAAACAUCAGCUAACACACAAGAAAAGUUACAGCUGUUCAAAGUGUGAGGAAAGGUUUUCAGACCUGGUUGACUGGAAAGCACACUUUUUAGUACACAGAGAGAUCCUCCACUGUCCUGACUGUGACAAGCAGUUCUUAUACAAGGGACUUUUUGAAAGACACAGGAGAACACAUUUGAGAAAAAGAGAAAAAUUUCUCUGCACAAUAUGUGGGAAGGAAAUUCACAACUUUAAAAUACACAUGCGAGUACACACGGGAGAGAAACCAUAUCACUGCACUGAGUGUGGGAAGAGUUUUGCAUAUACGAAAUCGUACAAAACACAUAUAUUAACACAUACCUCUGGAGAAAGAGCAACCUAUCCUUGUUUGGAAUGUGGAAAGACAUUUACUCGCAUAGAUGGCAUGGUGAGACACGUGAGGAGGGUUCAUACUGGAGAGAGAAAUCAUCAGUGCGGAGACUGUGGGAAAAGAUUCUUUCGAAAAGAGUCAUUGAAGAGACACAGUCUAGUUCACACUGGAGAGAAACCAUACCAAUGCUCUGUCUGUGGGCAACGCUUCUCCCAAGAUGGCGACAGAAAACGUCACGAGAAGAGGCACUACUCUGGUGUCUCAGAUUUCCUCGAUCUAUAAUGCAGAAGUGGUGUUUGGCAUUGCAGGAAUCCACCCAAUGUGAUUUCUAACCAGUUGUUCUUUCGCCUCCAGGUGGCCUGGAAUUGCCACCACAGACUGUAGCUGAUACACAACAAGUCUGAGUAUUACUGUUAGCAUAGCAGUAUUUCUUUUUUUCCAAAAGUCUUAUUUUAAAUGUGUUUUAAUAUUUUGUUUCAACAAAAGCAUAGUAUACUAUCAAUAGGGGUCAUUGUUCAAUUAUGGGCCUUCCCCAUUGGUGAUUUGCAGUCAGCUAUAUUGUAUUAAAGAUGCACAAUGCAGAUAUCGCUCCACAAUUUUCCUGGUUGCUAAAAUUCUAAUAGAUCGCCUAAUUUCAGUUUGUGACAUAACAAGCAAGGAUUGUGUACAAUUGUACCAUCUAUACCGGUUGUGAAAUAUAUUUUCCAGAACCAAAAAUAAUGUAUUUUCAGCUCGUGUCCAAAACCGAAAGUAAAAGAGGGCAACUUCCGAAUGGGAAGCGUAGAAAUCUAUCGCUUCUUAGACUUGAUUUCGAAGAGAAUUACAGAUCUAUAACACACAUUUAUGUGAAUUUGGUCAAGUCGCACAAGAAGUUACAUAUUGCAGCUUUAAUGUUGAUAUUUUGAUUAUCAGGUGGGCCACACGCUACUUUGAAAUAAUGCCUAUGAAAGGUUACCAACUACGACCUUCAGCGAGUGUAUACGUUUGUCUGGAAUGUGCUCUUAAGCUGCAGAGGUCAAACAAAUUCUCCAGCUGGCUGCCACCAAUGAGGUAUCAGCGACCCGGAGUUAGGGCAGGGCGGGCAUCUACAGAUCAGAUGCACCACUGAACACUACAGACAAAACCCAAUACCUUGCCUGGCUAACCAUUUACAUCGAUCCAGCCAACUGACGUUUCUUCUCCACGAUGAGUCUGGAUUUGCCUUAGAUUUCUAGAAUACGAACACAUUCUGACCGUUCUGAUUGAUCCCAGAAAUCGAUGGGUUGGCCCAGCGCCAGCCUCCAUGAUGAUGUUAUCAACUUUGCAUGGUUAAGAUUUGUUAGACUAUCCAAUCGCUGAUUAAUUUGUUUUGUACAAUGCUCCUCAUUUUGAAGUCGCACAAACGACUUCUAGGUUGGCAAUGCCUUCAGAAAGUAUUCAUACCCCUUGACUUAUGCCACAGCCUGAAUUCUAAAUAGAUUUUUUCCCUCCACACACACAUUACCCCAUAAUGACAAUGUGAAAACAUGUUUUUUGAAAUGUUGCAAAUUUAUAGAAAAUGAAAUACAGAAUUUACACCCCUUUCAUAUGGCACUCCAAAUUUGAGUUCAUGUGGAUCCAAUUUCCUUCGAUCAUCCUUGAGAUGUCACUACAACUUAAUUGGAGUCCACCUGUGGCUUUAUAUAGACAGGUGUGUUUCUUUCUAAAGGUCCCACAGUUGACCGUGCAUGUCAGAGCAGAAACUAUACCAUGUCCAAGUCCAAGUAACUGUCCAUAGAUCUCAGAGAGAAUUGUGAUGAGGCAUAUAUCCUGGAAAGGGUAUCGUAUAAAACAAUUUCUAGAGUGUUGAAAGUUUCCAAAAGCACAGUGGUCUCCAUCAUUGGAAAAUGGAAAAAAUGCGGAACUACCCAGACUGCCUAGAGCUGGCCUUCCGACUAAACUGAGCAACCGGGUAAAAAGGACCUUGGUCAGGGAGGUGACCAAGAAUCCAAUGACCACUCUGAAAGAACUAGAGUUCCUUGACUGAGAUGAAAAACCUGUCAGAAGGACGACGGUCUCUACAGCACUUCACCAAUCUGGGAUUUACGGGAGCGUGGCCAGACAGAAGACACUCCUGAGAAAAAGGCACAUGACAGCACCCCUGGAGUUUGCAGAAAAGUAUGAACGACUGAAAGAAUAAGGCAAAAUAUUCUGUGGUAUGAUAAGAUCAUUUUUACUCUUUGGCCUGAAUGCAAAGCGCUAUGUCUGGAGAAAACCAGGCACAACUCAUCACCCGUCUAACACCAUCCCUUUUGUGUAGCAUGAUAAUGGCAGCAUCCUGCUAUGUGGAUGCUUUUCAGCGGCAUGGACUAGGAGACUUGUAAGGAUGGAAGGAACAAUGAAUGGAGCCAGAUACAGGCAAGUCCUUGAUGAGAACCUGCUUCAGAGUGCAAACAACCUUAGACUGGGGCAAAGAUUUACGUUCCAACAGAACAAUGACCCCAAGCAUACAGCCAAAGCAAUGCUGGAAUGGCUUCAGAACAAGAACGUGAGUCCUUGAGUGGCCCAGACUUGAAUCCAAUUGAAAAUCUGUGGAAAAACUUUGAUUGCUGUUCACUGCCACUCCCCAUCUAACUUGAGGUUGAGAAAAUCCAGAUGUGCCACGCUGAUGCAGAUAUACCCAACACGACUCAAAGAUGAAAAAAACAAAGUCUACAAAGUAUUGCCUCAGGGGUGUGAAUUAUGUAAAUUAGAGAUUUAAUUUUCAAUACAUUUUUUAAAACAUGUUAUCACUUUUUCAUUUUCGGUAGAUGGGUGUGAUUUUUUUUAAGUAAAAAAAAAAGUUGAAUUCAGGCUAACACAAUGUGGUCAAGUGGUAUCAAUACUUUAUGAAGCCAAUGUACGUAGCGAUAGAUAGAGCAGCAGAAUUAGGUUCAGGGUGUCGGCAGGCAACCCAAUACCGUCAUUAGUUAGGCUUUUAAAUGUCACUAGAUGGGGAAGAUGUUCACAUUAAGAUGUUUUUGUUUUUAAUCAUGUUCUUAUUUGUAUAUUGUUGUACCCCCUGUGUUAUACAAUCUGCAUUGCAAACUAGAAUUUUGAAUAAAAGAUAAGGCAUAGUUCAAA